UUAUACCUCACAUACCUAUACCUGAUACCCUAUCUCGGUUCUGACACGACAGUCGAGUAGUGUGAGUUCGUGAUACUGUGUCGAUAACGCUUGUAUUACUUUAAUUAAAUAAUAAUAAUAAUAUUAGUCGUUAUAAUAUCAUAACAUUCAUAAUAAUUGUCGAUUGAUGAUACGCCCACAUACUAUAUAGUCGUGUCGUUUAGCUGUAGGUUUUACGUGUGAAAUAUUACAUCAAUAUAUUUGAAAUAUUGAAUAUGGUCCUCUUGCACCAUACAAAGAACUAUGAAGAGUUUACUGUGCUCAUGAAAACACUUGAGGAAUCCAAACAGCAGAUUUUUGUAAUUUUCACCGGCACGCCAAACGAGAGUGGUGAAAGUUGGUGUUCAGACUGCGUUGAAGCUGAUCCAGUUAUCAAGAAACAGAUUGAACACAAUGAAGAAUAUCUAAGUGACACAAAUAUUGUAUACGCCCAAGUUGGCAAAAGAGAAGAAUGGAAAAAUAACAAUGACAAUCCAUUUAAAUUGGACAAAAGAAUACGGUUGCAAUUCUUACCUACGCUGCUUAAGUGGGGUACAUUGCAUAAACUUCAAGUAGAAGAAUGUUUAAAACCUGAUUUACUUAAUAUGAUCUUUGAAGACACAGAAGAUGAUUCUUAAAUUACUAUAAAAAAAAAAAUUUGAUAACAAUAAUAGACAUUUUUUAAUUAAAUACAUUGUAUUUUAUAAUAAUAUGUAAUAUUAUGUAAUUAA